AUGAGCGAAACACCUUCGAGCAGUUACUCGGCGAAUCACCCAAACUCCUCCGAGAGUGAGCACAGUUUAUCCACGCGCCAUUUCAAUGUUACCGAACCUGUAGUGGCAAAACGGAUUUGUUUCUAUAAAAGUGGAGAUCCCCAGUUUAAUGGAAUCAAAAUGGUUGUUAAUAGCAGGUCUUACAAGACAUUUGAUGCCUUGCUGGAUAGUUUAUCCAAACGGGUCCCACUACCUUUUGGAGUAAGGAAUAUUAGUACACCAAGAGGGAGACACAGCAUCACCAAUUUGGAGGAUCUGGAAGAUGGAAAAUCCUAUAUUUGCUCGCAUCAGAGGAAAAUGAAACCCAUCAACCUGGAACAGGCCAGCAAAAAGCCACUGCCCUGGCAGAUCAGCAGGCCUGUCAGUGCUCGUCGUCGAGCUGUGCAAUUAGCAAGACAGAAUGAGGAUGGGUUUGGCCAUCGAGAAAGCAGAAUAACAACUCCCAAAAAGAUGCUUGUUUUCAAAAAUGGGGAUGUAAGACUUAGGCGCACCAUAGUUUUGGGAAAGAAAAAUACACAAACAUUUGAGGCCUUUCUGGAUUAUAUGAGUGAGUUAAUGCAAUAUCCAGUUGCAAAGCUCUACACCACUGAUGGCAGAAAGGUUCCUAAUCUUCAGGCCCUGAUAUUGUGCUCUGGAGCUGUAGUCGCAGCGGGGAGAGAGCCUUUUAAACCAAGCAAUUAUGAAUCUCUUGGGUAUUUGCGACCUGCUAAAUUGCUUGGAAUUGGAAAUCGUGUGUACCCAAAAGCAAAUGCCAAGUCAGAAAGUGAAAAGACUAGGAAAUGGAAUGUGUCAGUCCUCACCAGUGAUGUGCCAUCUGCAGGAACAAGCUCAAAGGUUUAUAUUGCAUUGUACGGGGAUCGUGGCAGUUCAGGUCCUAUUUUCCUUGAUGGAGAGAAGGGAAAAUUAUUUCAGAGAGGCAAUGAAGACAUCUUCACAGUCAAUACUAGGAACAUAGGACAUCUCUACAAAAUACGUAUAGGACAUACAAAUGCAGGAAACUCCCCUGCCUGGCACUGCAAAGAGGUGCAGUUACUGAACCUUUUCUCAGGGGAGCAGUUCUCUUUCCCCGCACAUCGAUGGCUGGCCAAGGACCAGGCUGAUGGGGAAAUAUCUGUGGAGCUUCCUGUUUUCCAGCAGGGUCAGCCUAUUCUUCCAGAAUUUCCAUAUGGAAUAUAGAGAGCUUGUCAUCUUUUAUUCUCAGUGACUGUUUACAAAGUGCACGUGACAACAGGAGACCUGUGGAAUGCUGGAACUGAGGCUGAUGUUUAUAUUUCUGUCUAUGGAGAAAGAGGUGAUACAGGAUCAAGACAGCUGCUCAGGUCACAGAAACCCAAGAAAUUUUUAAAAGGACAAACUGACGUCUUUGCUGUUGAAGCUGUGCACCUUGGAUGUUUGUACAAGAUUGUUAUAGGACACAAUGGGCUUGGAUCAGGCAAUGGAUGGUUUCUGGACAAAGUUGUAAUCAAGGAUCCUAUAACAGAUUUGGAUUAUACUUUUCUUUGUCACAGGUGGCUGGACCAGGGACAGGAUGAUGGCAAUAUUGCUAGAGAACUGCCUGUGACACAUGCCAGCAUGCUUCCAGGAAGACAAGAGCUGGAGCUCAAGAGAGAAAAAACUUGGGAUGCAGAAAAGUGGAAAUUUCGGAAAGGCAUUACACUUCAAUUUUACAACAGGGUCACCCGUGGUUUCAUUUGCCUCUACCCAGAUAGCAGAGUUGAUGCUCUUGGUGACAAGAAAAACAAAUAUGGUACAGUAUUUUCCAUGUGGAUUAACAUGUCAGUCAUAAAACAGCUGAGCAAAGACAAGGCCUGCUGUGAGCUCCGUGUCCACAUUCAACCAAACUCUUGUGCCAUUCUUGAGUCAGCCAGCUACCCAGGUCACACUGUGGCUUUCAAUCUCCAAGGCAAAGUAGCUGAUGAAGCAACAGGAUAUUCUGGGCUUUCCAAAGAAUUUAUCGUACAUGUCAAGGGUGUGUUUCAUCAUGGUGCCAUCAUUCUGCUCAACACAAGUUUCUGCCAGGCUCUGUCCCUUAGACCUGAUGGGAGCUGCAGUGGAGCAGGUCAGCAGCAGCAGGAAUCCUACUGGAGGGUGCAUAAAAUCAGCUCUGGACUCUGCAUGUUUGAAAGUGUGAAAAAACCAAGAAUGUAUCUGAAGAUCAAAGAUGACCAGUGUGAUGGAACAGGUACAGGUGAUGAAUACUGUCAUUUUAAAAUUGAGAAGAAUUUGGAAACAGGUUCUGUGAGCCUGGAAUCUGUACGAAAUAAAGGGAUAUACAUUGGUCUUCUGCCAGAUGGCCAAACAAGGCCCGUUGUUAACACUGGAGAGAAAAAUAUCUUUUUCUACCCACAGGUCAUCAAAUUUGGCCGGGAAAAGCCUAUGGGAACAUCUGCAGCACCCAAACAAGAGAGGAAAGACUUCAGAGGAUCUCAAAUCCAACCAGCAAAAGCCCAGGAGCCAGAACCUCAACGGCCUUCAACUCCCCCACCCUCAAAGGAAAUGAGAAAUCCCCAAGGUGGUGAGAGUCCCCUUCCUUUGGAUGAUGAAUGGAAAGUGUCAAUACUGACAGGAAAUGCAGGAACUGAAGCAAGUGUUGCUCUUUGGAUAUAUGGAGACAGAGGAUUAACCGGACCAAUAACUCUUGGCAAGGACAAGAGGAAGCAGCUGUUUUUUCCCAGGCAGGAAGAUGAAUUUCAGGUUAAAAUAGACAACAUUGGGAAUAUCUACAAGAUAAGACUUGAACUUGAUGGAUUACCAAAUGAACAACCCGAGUGGGACUUACAGAGGGUGAUACUGCAACAUCUAAGGAGCAAGAAAACACUGAAUUUUCCAGCAAACAUAUGGUUAUCAAAGAAUCGUGAUGACAGAGAAUUUCUGUGUGAACUUCCAGUAGUGGAAGCUGGAAAACCUAUCUAUCCAAUUGUUUUAUACUGUGUUUAUGUCCACACUGGUGACUUGGAGCAAGCUGACACAGACUGUGCAGUUUAUUUGUGCAUCUAUGGAAAAAGAGGAGAUUCUGGUCUAAGACUUCUGCAUAAGACUGGUACACCAGUGCCAUUUCAGAGAGGAAUGGUCAGUGUGUUUGAAGUGGAAGCUGUGUCCCUUGGGAAGCUGCAGAAGGUGCUGUUGCGCUGUGAGGCCAGCACCAAGUCCCAGCACUGGUACUGUGAUAAAGUCAUCGUCAGAGAAGCCGAGAGCAACUCAGAAUAUGUUUUCAAUUGUGAAAGGUGGCUUCCAUUUAUGUCUCAAGGUAGAAUCCAUUCAGAAAUUGAGCUCUACCCUCAAGAAGGAGACUGGAAGAUAACUGUAGUCACUGGGGAUUUUGAAACAGCUGGCACAACAGCAACAGUAUUCCUUUAUGCUUAUGGAGAAAACAAAGCUUCUGGUCCUAUUAUUUUGGGUUCUGGGAAACAGCAGCUGUUUAAUCCCAACAGUGAAGAUACAUUUAAGAUUAAUCUCAGAGAUCUUGGGCAGCUAUAUAAAAUCCGCAUUGGCCACGACAACACUGGAAAUGAUCCCAGCUGGUACCUGGAGGAAGUCAGACUUGAAAGAGUAGUGCCUGUUUCUGCUGAAGAGAUUUGUCUCCCUAUAGAGAGCUGGCUUUCCGAAGACAAGGAUGAGGGUGAUACGUGGAGAGAAGUGGCAAUAAGAAACCCUGCAGAGGAGCUUUUGCCAUUGUUGGUGUAUGAGGUCCAUGUAUACACAGGUGCUAAGCUUGGUGCUGAAACAGAUUCCAAUGUUUAUAUAAACAUCAUUGGGACAAGAGGAGAUGCUGGCAAAAGGAAGCUCCACAGGUCUAAGAAUAAUAAUGUUAAGUUUCGACAUGGACAGAUGGAUAUUUUCUGCAUAAAGGCUGUCUCACUGGGAGACUUGGAGAAAGUUCUGAUUAGCCAUGAUGGCGCUGGUCCAGGCAGUGGAUGGUUCCUGGAUAAGAUUGUCAUCAAACGUAAAGAAGGAGAGGAAGCUCACGAGGUUGUAUUUCCUUGUAAUAGAUGGUUAGAUGAAUAUCAAGAUGAUGGGAAGACAGAGAGGGAGCUAACUGCCAAUAAGCAUGACAGUUCAAUGAAGGCAUUUCUUAAAGCACAACGUUGGAGAGUGCAGGUUAAAACAGAUGGAGAUUCCCCAGAGCCACAGGAGUGUAACAGGACCCUUGUGAUUUAUGGCUCAAAGGGUAAAAGUGAUGAGCUUCUGCUUUCUCCACAAACCCCAGGACAUGUGUGCUUUCUCCCCAGAGCAACUGAUGAAUUCAUUGUUGAGACUGCAGAUCUGGGAGAUGUAUACAAGAUUCGAGUCAGCUGUGAUGAUGUGCCAGGCUUUAAGGGCUGGCAUCUGAAGUCCUUUCACUUACAAGAGCUGCAUAUGAAACAAGAACUGAACUUUGAGUGCAACUGCUGGCUCUCUCUGAAGAGGGGGGAUAAGGAGCUGGUAAAAGAAUUCCCUGCGGUCGCUAAGGACCAGAAAACUUUACCAGUCUAUAAGUAUGUUGUUUCUGUACAUAUUGGUGACCGCUGGGGAGCAGGGACUUUUGCAAAUGUUUAUAUCACUCUCUAUGGCAAAAGAGGGGACACAGGUGUGAGGAAACUUCAUACAUCUCUAAUGAAGGGAAGAAAAUUUCAAAGAAAUAAGGUGGAUUCAUUUUUGGUGGAAGCUGUUUGUCUGAGUCAUUUGCAAAAAGUGGUCAUAGGUCAUGAUGGAGAAGGCUACGGGGCGGGGAUGUACCUCAAGAUGGUUACAGUCAAGGAAUCACAAGAUUCAGACCAAGAAUGGGUCUUUCCACUGUGGAACUGGCUCGAUACUCAUCUGGGUUUAUGUGAGACUGUUUGUGAGAUUGUAACGGUUGGCAGAAGGUCGACUCUUAGUCCUAAACUACCUGAAAUCAACAUGAAGUCAACAGGUUUCUGGAUAAUGGAUAUCACUGGAUCUGACUUGAGUGCUGAAGAGGAUCCAAUAUGCCUUUCUUUCAUCUUCUACGGCAACCUGAGUCACAAAAAGUUGCCACUUCAAGUCACCGGAAAAGCAAUUCAGAUCAAAGAUGAGCUGGCAGGUAUUGGCUCAAUAUACAAAGUUCAAAUAACUGGCCCACACAGUGAGCUAAAACAGCCAUGGCACUUAGAUUUACUGCAUCUGAAGCACACAGGCACAAAGGAAGAGAUGUAUUUAGCUUUUGACUGCUGGUUCAACCCUAAGGAAGACAAAUGUGUGGAGCUUCCAGCUCUCUAUGCAGAUCAGGAGCCUUUGCCUGUUGUGGAGUAUGAAAUCCAUUUGCACACGGGAGACUUGAAGAAGGCAGAUGCCACUGGAGAGGUUUAUCUUCGUAUACAAGGAGAAAAAAGUGACUCAGGGAAGACAUGGCUUAACUCAAAAAACAGCCUGAUCACUUUUGUUAGAGGGCAGGUGGAUAUUUUCAAAAUCAAAUCUGUAUACCUUGGCAAGUUGAAUCAAGUUUGUGUUGGAUUUAAAAGUCUAAGAAAAGAUGGGUGGUUUUUGGAAAAAAUUCUUAUAAAAGAAGUCUUCUACCCUUUUUCUACACAUGUUUUUUUUCACGACGGAUGGAUCAAUAAACGCUCCAAGGAAGAUUUUGUAGAAGUCGCAAUUCCACUCAAAGAAACAUCUGUGGCAUCUCUUCCUGUAGAAAAUUUCGAUACAAAAAGUAGAGGACGAUGGCAAGCAUGGGUGCACUGCACACAAGUCCCAGAAGACAUUCCUAACAUUCAAGUUGUUGCAUUUGGAAGAAAAGGGAAAUCCCCUGCACAGAAAGUUCAAAAUCUAAGUGAUAUUCCCUUUUUGUUGACCACUGGUGAUAUUGGAGAUAUAACAAAAAUCUCUUUUGUGUUAUGUGGUCCAUCCUUGAGAAGGGGAAUUAAACUUCACAAGCUUCAGCUCAAAGACUUGGACACUAAACAAGAGCUGGGCUUUCACAGUGAAGCUUCAUGCCUAUUUGGAGAAGAUGGAUCUGAGACCGUGACAGAGCUUGCUGCGGUCAGGCCAGACCAGCCACCCCUCAGGGAAGUCCUUUACUUCAUCAGUGUCCAUACAGGAGCACUGCCUGCGUCAGGAACUGAUGCAGAUGUAUUUAUCACAGUAUUUGGAGAGUGGGGAGAUUCCUGCAAAAGGAGACUAGGGCACUCACAUUUUGAAAGAGGGCAGGUUUGUGUCUCUGAAAUGAGAGCAGUAGACCUUGGACAGUUAAGCAAAGUGCUUGUUGAGCACCAUAAUGCGGGUUAUGGAGCUGGAUGGUACCUCGACCAAGUUGUCAUCCAUGAAUCAGGCAAGACUGAAGAACAAUAUGUAUUUCUUUGCCAGCAAUGGUUAGACAGUGGAGUUGGUGAUGCACAGAUGGAACGAACACUGAAACUUCUUGGAAAAGUCAGGAAUGGAGUGUUGACAGGAAAGAUUUAUGGGACUUGGGAUAUCCACGUCACAACUAGUGAUAUUUCUUCUAGUUCCAUGAACCCUAAAAUGUCUCUAACUGUAUGUGGUGGAAAAGGAACUUGUGCUUCAGUCACAUUCCCCAAAGGAUCCCUUAAAAAAGAGCAGAUCUAUGAGACUUCUAUUGAACUAAGUAAGAAAUUUAAUACUAUAUUCAAAGUUCGCCUAGAAAUUAAAGAAUCUGGAGAAGGAGAGAGUUGGCAUUGCCGUGAGGUAAAGCUUCAACACAGAAAAACUAAAAAUGUUCUAGAAUUCCCAUUUUGUCAUAAGUUUGCUGAUGAAGAAGAAGGAAGAGUGACUGAGCUUCCAGUUCUCACAGCUGGGUCUCCUUUACCAGCAGUGAAAAUCUAUGUUCUCUACAUCACCACGGGAGCUAUCCCUGAGUCAGGAACAGAUGCAGAUGUGUAUGUCAUGCUGCAAGGCUCCUUGGGAGAUACUGGCAGAAGAAAGUUAAUUAGAAAAGGAGGCGAAAACUUCACUGAAGGAAAGGUGGAUAUUUUUCAAGUGGAGGCAGUAGAUAUUGGUAUUCUGCAAAGGAUGGUUGUUGAAAAAGGGAGAGGUUCUGACUGGCUUCUGGAGAAGAUUAUUGUGAAAGAGUCAGCAUCUUCAGGGACAGAAGCACUGUUUAUGGCUCAAACAUGGCUUAAAGACAGACGUGAUGGAAAAAAAUCUGCCUCAGUAACUCUGGAUGCCACAGUAGUUCAGGGGAGGAGGAGUACAUCUGCCUGGCCUUUAGGAAGAGAGCAAAUGAAUUCAGAAGGCAGAUGGAGGAUUUAUUUCACAAAGCAUCAAGAAGAAACAAAAUCAGAAUUUGAAAAGUUGUCAGAAAAUAUAUCCAAGAUGGUUAUGGUUUUUUAUGGAAGCAACGGCAAGUCAAAUCCAGUUUCCAUGGAAAAUAAAGUGGAACAUCAGACUGAGAACCAAAUAACAUAUGAUAUACAUUUGCCAUCUGAUUUGGGAAUGCUUUAUAAAGUGAGGCUUGGUCUCCAGAGUUUGGAAAACAACAUAUCCCAGUUGUCUCUUCAUCACUUUAAAAUACAGAACACAUCAACCCUGGAUACCUUUAGUCUCACCAUGAAUAAAACACUUCCUCUUUCUCCUAAUGGAGACAGAUGGAUUGAAUUCCCUAUACAGUGGCCAUUAAAAGAAGCACUUUCUGUGGUUACAUAUCAUCUAACAGUAUUUUCAAGAAAUAUUUUGAAUGAGAGAAAUUUAGUGCAUAUGACUGCAUGUAUCUAUGGUACUCGUGGUGACACAGGAGACAGAUCCCUUCUCCAGUCAUUGCAGAAUGUACGGCAGGGAGAGAAAAAUGAGUCAUUUCUAGUUAUGGUGGAUGCUGUUGACUUGGGAGAACUGGAAAAAAUUGUUCUUUUGAUCAGCAGUAAAACAGACUGCAAAGUGGACAUCAAAAAACUGCAUGUGCAAGAAGCUGUGAAGGAGCAUCCUAUCUAUGUAUUUGAAGUGAAUGAAGAAUUUUCUGUGAGUGCAAAUAAGCCCAAAAUACAGAAAGAAAUCCCAAGAUCUUUUGUUAUUAGAAGAGAGAAACAAAAGAAUGACAUAGAUAACAACUUGAAUAAAGAAGGAAGUAAAGUAAAACAUUUGACAGAGUAUACUAUUAAAGUAUACACAGGUGACAAAAGGGGAGCAGGGACUGAUGCCAAUGUGCAUAUUAUUUUAUUUGGGAAUGAGGACAAAUCUGAGGUAUUUCAACUCUCUCAGUCACUGGAGCAUCAAAACCCCUUUGAAAGAGGAAAGGUUGAUACCUUCAAGAUUAAGACAAAAAAAUUAGGCAGCCUACGUUCAAUUGAAAUUGGCCACGAUGGGAAAGGAUUUGCAAGUGGCUGGUUUCUAGAAAAAGUGGAAAUCACAGAUGCAGCUAGAAAUUCAAUACAUUGCUUCAACUGUAACAGGUGGCUUUCUGAAGAUGAAAAUGAUGGCUUCACCAUAGUGCAGCUUUAUCCACAGCUGCUUGAUUUCUGAUUCUUUCUGAGUGUGAUGCUUCUUCAAACCCAUGCUGAUUUGAUUUACUUGUCUUUU